CAACUUUCAAUUCAAAAUGUUCACAAAAAUUAUUUCAGUGAUUUUUCUCGCAGUUUUUAUCUCAAAAAGCAUUCAGCAAAAUGAAAUUUGUCGUGGCAAGGACUCGAGUAGAUUCUAUCCGAAUCAGACAGACUGUACAAGAUUUUAUCGAUGCGUUAAUGGAAUGAAAUAUGACUUCAUGUGUGGCGAGGACACGAUUUGGCGGGAUGAAUAUCAAGCAUGCGGACCGUAUCACAAUCAACCUGACAAUGAUUUAUCGCUGUUCAACUGAAAAUGUCUAAACUUUAUGUCUCAUUUUACUAAUAAACUUGAAAAGUUCAUGUCUGAAAAUGUGC